CAUCACCAAAACGUACUUUCUGAACAGUUGAUAUAUCGUUCACGUGUAUUUUGUUUUGAAUUUUUGAUUGAAAUUGAAAUUUCAAAAAUGUCGAAUCAAAUUAAUUCUCAUUUGUCCGGGAAUACGGUAUUACCUGGUGAUAAUGUUUCCGAAAUUCUUAAAGCUUAUCGAGAUGAUGAAAAUAAACCUGUAAUCGUUGGGCCAGGCCUGAAACGUUUGAAUAAACAACUGAUUAAUUCAUAUAAAGCUGGCCAAUUAUUACAUCGACCAGUGAAUUUAUUCUGGAUUAAUUCUCAUCAACGUUAUUAUAUUCCAUGUGAACGUGAUACUGUUGUCGGUGUGGUGAUCUCAAAAACUUCCACUUUUUGUCGUGUCGAUAUAGGUGCCUCAGAAUCGGCCACGUUAUCUUUGAUGGCUUUUCCAAACGCCACCAAACGUAAUAAAGCAAUUGUCGAGAUUGGUGAUGUAUUAUUUGCUUGUGUGUUAUCCGCUUCCAAAGAUGUUGAAACCGAAUUAGUAUGUAUGGAUAAAGAUGGUAAAAAAGAUGGUUUUGGCGUUCUACCACGUGGUGGCUAUAUGAUCAAAGUUCCAUUAAACAUUUGUCGUCGAUUAUUGGCAUCCGAUUCUAAAAUUAGCCGAAAUUUAGGUCGUAAAUAUCGUUUUGAAAAAACGGUCGGCCUAAAUGGCCGUAUUUGGAUUCGUUCGAAAUCCAUACAAACAACAAUUUUAAUCAGUAAUUUUAUUAAACAACUUGAAUAUGUUUCCGAUGAUCAACAAGAUCAUGUAUUAAAUUUAUUGGAACAGAAAAUGAAUAAUAAUAAAAAUAAUAAACAUAAACAUUCUCGAAAAUUAUAG